GUUCUGAAAUCAGACCGGUUCGCGAUCGACCACAACAGCAAGAAGAACCUGACGUUGGCUUGCCUGCAGAAGCUUUUCGUGGACUCCAUGAUUCCUUUGGCUUCAUGUGACGAUGCUGAGUUACAUGGAUGGUCUGUGCACCUCUGCGUGUCCAAGGGCGAUUGGAAACACAAACGAGAAUGGCUGGCACAAUCAAGACAUUACGGCAACGUGGCCGGACCGAACGGCCAACCAGGUCAGAUUUGCCCCAGAUGCCUGGCCGACAGCAGCAGAGAGCGCCCUUGGGCUGAUAUGGCUGAACGCUUCAACAAUCAGGCGGACCUUGACGAGGCUGCAAGAACUAGUGUUGGUCGCGACAUAGAGCUUUUCCGACUGCCCGGAUACGAUGCAUCCUGCGAAUACCCUGACCUGCUUCACUGCUUGUGGUUGGGAACGGGGCGCGACGCAGUGGGUUCGCUUACGAUGCUUCUAGCGCGCUUUUGGCCGCCCGUGCAGCAUUACGACACCUUUGAUGAGAGACUCCGGCACAUCCAUUUCGAUCUUCGUGAGUGGUGCCGCCAGCAUGGACUGCGACCCAGCACGAUCGACGAGCUGA